UCGUCCUGUCCUCCCGGGGCUUUCGCCUUCGCCCCGACACAGAGCUCUGCCCUGCCGCUCGCGUCCCUGCGAUCGCCCCCCGCCGGUGGGGCUCCGAGCCCAGGGGAGCCGGGUCCGCGGCAGCGCGAGUGGCUGCGGCGCGAGUUAAUAAACAGUUAAGUUUGGAAGACUCAGCAGACACGUUGAGGGGGAGUUACCAAGCCAGGCAGCAAAAACAUCCCGGCACAUUCCUGGGGAGUCCUCAGCUGCCAGCAUCUGAUUAGAACCAUAUCCCUCGCCGGGAGUGGCCGCGCGGCUCGGAGCUCGGCCGGCGGCUAUUUAAGCGGGGCCGCCGUGUCGCCUGCGCGGCAGCCUGGAGGCUCCGGGCUCGGGGAAGUCAUGCUCGCUUCGCACAGGCGCUGCUAGCCCGUGUCUGUGGUAGGUUAUGUUUAUUUGAGAUUUCUCCAUCGGGAAUCGCCUGUUGUCACUAAGUGUCUGCUGGUGUAGGGACCUGCUGCCUGCUUUCCUGCCAUGUCUAAUGAAGUAGAAACAAGUACCACCAACGGUCAGCCUGACCAACAGACUGCACCAAAAGCACCCUCGAAGAAGGAAAAGAAGAAAGGCUCUGAAAAGACAGAUGAAUAUCUCUUGGCCAGGUUCAAAGGUGAUGGUGUAAAAUACAAGGCCAAACUAAUCGGCAUUGAUGAUGUGCCAGAUGCAAGAGGGGACAAAAUGAGCCAAGAUUCUAUGAUGAAACUGAAGGGAAUGGCGGCAGCUGGUCGGUCUCAGGGACAACACAAACAAAGGAUCUGGGUCAACAUUUCCCUUUCUGGAAUAAAAAUAAUUGAUGAGAAAACUGGGGUAAUAGAGCAUGAACAUCCAGUCAAUAAGAUUUCUUUCAUUGCCCGUGACGUGACAGACAACCGGGCGUUUGGUUACGUGUGUGGAGGAGAAGGCCAGCAUCAGUUUUUUGCCAUAAAAACAGGGCAACAGGCUGAGCCAUUAGUUGUUGAUCUUAAAGACCUUUUUCAAGUUAUCUAUAAUGUAAAGAAAAAGGAAGAAGAAAAGAAAAAGACGGAAGAAGCCAACAAAGCAGUAGAGAAUGGGAGCGAGGCCCUAAUGAUUCUUGAUGACCAGGCUAACAAACUGAAGUUGGGUGUUGACCAGAUGGAUUUGUUUGGGGACAUGUCUACACCUCCUGACCUAAAUAGUCCAAAAGAAAGCAAAGAUAUCCUGUUAGUGGAUCUAAACUCUGAAAUCGACACCAAUCAGAAUUCUUUAAGAGAAAAUCCAUUCUUAACAAAUGGCAUCACCUCCUGCUCUCUUCCUCGACCAAAGCCUCAGGCAUCCUUCUUGCCUGAAAACGCCUUUUCUACCAAUCUCAACUUCUUUCCCACCCCUAAUCCUGAUCCUUUCCGUGACGAUCCUUUCACACAGCCAGACCAAUCGACACCCUCUUCGUUUGAUUCUCUCAAAUCUCCAGAUCAGAAGAAAGAGAAUUUGAGUAGCUUGUCUGCUCCACUGAGCAAUGGGCCCCAGAAUGGUGAUGUUGAUUAUUUCGGUCAGCAGUUUGACCAGAUCUCUAACCGGACUGGCAAACAGGAAGCACAGGCAGGCCCGUGGCCCUUUGCGAGUGGGCAAACCCAGCCAGCAGUGAGAACUCAAAAUGGGGUGUCUGAAAGAGAACAGAACGGCUUCCAUGUCAAAUCCUCCCCGAACCCUUUUGUGGGAAGCCCUCCCAAAGGACUGUCUGUACCGAAUGGCGUAAAGCAGGACUUGGAAAGCUCUAUCCAGUCCUCACCACAUGACUCCAUAGCCAUUAUCCCACCUCCACAAAGUACCAAACCGGGAAGAGGCAGAAGGACUGCUAAGUCUUCAGCCAAUGACUUGCUUGCAUCAGACAUCUUUGCUCCUCCCGUCUCAGAACCUCCGAGCCAGAUGUCACCCACAGGACAAUCUGCAACCCUACAGACCAAUCCUCUGGAUCUCUUCAAAACAAGUGCUUCUGCCCCAGUGGGACCCCUUGCAGGCCUAGGUAGUGUCUCUGCCACACUCCCUCAGGCAGGACCAUGGAGCGCAACACCUUCGGUCUUCAAUCAGUCCACUUCUAUGGUCCCGGGAGCCAUGAUGGGUGGCCAGCCUUCAGGUUUCGGUCAGCCUAUUGUUUUUGGUACAAGUCCAGCCGUUCCAGGUUGGAACCAGCCUUCAUCCUUUGCAGCCUCAACUUCCCCUCCAGCUCCUGCCAUUUGGGGCCCUUCUGCAUCUGUGGCAACCAGUACUUGGCAGUCAACAAGCCCUUUGGGGAAUCCUUUUCAGAGCAAUAUUUUUCCAUCUCCUGCUAUGUCCACUCAGUCCCCUUCUAUGCUGUCCUCUCUCCUGGUCACUCCUCAGCCGCCUCCCAGAACUGGCCCUCCAAAGGACAUCUCCAGUGAUGCCUUCACUGCCUUAGACCCACUUGGGGAUAAAGAAGUCAAGGAUGUGAAAGAAAUGUUUAAGGACUUCCAACUGCGGCAACCACCUGCUGUGCCUGCACGGAAAGGGGAGCAUACUCCCUGUGGGACUUCAAGUGCCUUCUCCAGUUAUUUCAACAGCAAAGUUGGCAUUCCUCAAGAGAAUGCAGACCACGAUGACUAUGAUGCGAAUCAACUGUUGAGCAAGAUCAAUGAACCACCAAAGCCAGUUCCCAGACAAGGUGCCCUACCAGUUACCAAAUCUGUUGACCAUGCAUUUGAGAACCCUUUUACUAAAGAUUCUUUCAGCUCAUCACAAGCCCCUAUGACUUCUCCUCAAUCUGCAUCUUCUGAUAUGUAUAGGGAUCCUUUUGGAAAUCCUUUUGCCUAACUUUUGAACUUGGUUUGCUGACUAUCCAGAGGAACAAAGAGGUUGGCCUUAGAAGACAAGGACAAAGCUAAUAGCCAGACACACCCUGAUCUCUGCCCUGUCCGGCUUUCACAUAUUAUCUGUUGCCUUAUUUCUUGUUGCCUCUUCCACUUGUAAAAUGUCUUUCACUUUCUGUCUAGGUUAAAGGUAAACUGAAUCUAUGGCUUUAAAUAAAUCAAGAUCCUAAACUCUCUAGCUUAAAUGUAAAUGAAGUACACUAGUUUACCUACUGAACCCUUGCCUAUUGUGUCCCUAGAACCUUCUAGAACACUUUACCUUUUACCUUUUGCUUGGGAGAUGCAGCCAUCACAACCCCUCCUAUGAUGCUGUUUUGAAUAAAUUUUCAAAUCCUUACUGUU